AUGAAGCGUGAGUUGACUUGAAUUGAUAAUAAACCUAAAUUAACGUUUUUAGCGUCCUACACGUAUCCUUUUCUUCACACGGCGCGGAGUCCAGAGGCAGAAGAGUUCCGAAAUGCAACUCCACAAGGUUUGUUGCAAUAUUGAGAUGAACUACAUAACAGUACUACCAAUUUUUCGCACUUCAUAGAAAAAACGAUAGCGAUCUGUUGACUUAUUAUGCGCUUUCUAUUUUUCAACAGAUCGGAUUACGUUUUUGCACCACUUUCUGACUCAUCUUUUUAUACUUUUUCUUCUUUUUUUUCUGUCGGCCUUUAACUCUCGGAACUCCGCCUCGUCCUUAUUUCUCUUGUUCCGUCGGGACCACUUCACGGCCUGAGCUUCUGAGUCUUGAUUUGUCUUUCCCUUGCCAUUAAGCUUUUAGUCCGAAAUUCAAAAUUUCGGCCGCAAAUGGAAAACCAAGUAAAACCAGAAUGUAGUAAUGGAAAAUUCACAUUUUCUGAAAUUGGAUAUCUUAUUUUAUAUUAGUGGCAGACCCCACGAGUUUUUCACGCGGUACUUUCCCGCCGAAUUCAAAAAGGCGGUCUCCAUCGCGCUAUUUCGCUGGGAUUUUCGAGUGGUAAAGUACUCGACGUGUUGUGUUUGUGUGGGGGCGCUUCUGUGGCGACGCAGCUCCGGAUUCCAACCUGCAAAGAACUUUUUUAUUCUAGCCGACCGUUUUUUUUUUACCAGUUUUCAAAGCCAUUCGCGAAUCGUCUUUCGCUGUUAUUUUAAUCAUGUCUUUUAUAGUCUUGUAAUAGUUAUUUAUUUUCUUAUGGAUUCAUGAUAACUCCUGGAGUUUCCGCUUCGAUCCAAACAAUCAAUGAAAUCCUCGCUCGAUUUUUUCUCACAGCUGGAUUGACACAAAUUUAUGCACGUAAAAUGGUUCCUUUUUUGAGGUUUUUUCUCUGUUUUUUUGCCUAAGGUUAAUGCUCCCAUUAUCUUUUCACCCCUAGCUGAAAAAUAAAAUAAUAUAUAAUUGUGAGUCGAUUCUUUCGCUGAUCUCGUAAAGAAUUCCAAAACUUGAAAAUUUUCUAGAUAAAAAAAAACCUAUACAAUAAUUUCCCCGGAUUCUUUAUUCAGGUCUGAAAAAUCAAAAUAUCAGUUCGAGAACACCUGAAAGCAUCUUUAGAAAGAAAGUUGCCUUUUUUAUUUUCAUCUGUCUCAAAACACCCACGCCUAUGCCAAAAAUAUUCCGCAGGAGUAUUUGAAGUUCAACUGGUAGGCUUAAAGAUUUUUCCUCAAAUCAAUCGAAACGAAAGAAAGAAGAACGACUUUGUUAUCUCAAAAAACAUCUCAAAGGUCAAUUUAUCAGCUUGCGUGUGUUGUUUGGCAAUAAAUUUUUUUCAGCAGAAGAGCUUCCCAGUUUUUUUUUCGGUUGAAUUGCUAUCAAACGUUAAAUACUUUGCUUCGCAUAAAUUUCAAGUUUUUUUUGGGGACGGAAUGGGUAAAAAUAACGACCUCCUAUGUGCUUCCAGAUGCCUGUUCCACGCAUAAUUCUUGAUUUUUAUGCGUUUUUCUGCUGCUGUUUCUUUUCUUUUCGCUGAUUUUAGGUUUUAGAGAUAUUUUUUUUGUUUUAAGUGUUAAUUUUCAAUUUUGAAGAGUAGUCCACGUUAUCAACAUGUUUAGUGUUGAUCAGAAGCAGUCAAGUGCUUAUUUGUUCUAGAAUUCUGGUUGCUUUCUGAUGAUUUCGGACUGAUUUGAAGCAUUUUCCUAAACUUCUUGCUGUUCCAUUGAUUCCUACUCCAAAUCGACAAAAAGUAUCAAAUUUAAUCUUUUCUGAUAUUUAUCGAUAUUUAUAAUUCCAUGAAUAGAAUGAAACGUUAGAGUUGUUGGGAAUGCAUAGAAACGUUAAUCGAAAACAGCUAUACAUGACCAAAUAUGGGGCUCCUCUGCAGGCUUCCUAUCGACGAACGACGACGAGGACAUGGCGUCGGUCUCGAUCCGCGUGCACACGACCGAGGGAGCCGACGUCGUCGUCGCCCCUUCUGACACCGUCGAUCCAUCUGCAGCCAACGUAGUGCGUUAUUUGCUCUUGCGGUCCCGGAAGAAAUCCCUAGACUGAUCGAUUUUUUUUUUUCGAGUUUAACGUAUGAAAAUUGUUUAACUUUUGCAUUUUAAAGGAUUCAUUGAAAGAAGUUUUCUGCAUCGUUUUCUUUUUCAAUUUAUUUUCUCUAUUUGUUGGAUGAAUUCAAAUUUUCAUUUCAAACACGACGCUGUAUUGUUCAAGAUAGAAAAGUUUAUUGAAAAUGAAGAGAGAAAAUAUAGUUUUCGGAAUUUUCGGGAAAGCCUUAAGAUUCAUGCUUAGAAAUCCUUUGAAGAGCGGUCGGAACAUUUUAUGAGGCAAAAAGAAGGUUCUGAAAAGAAAAAAAAAAGUCUCAAAGUGCAGCUCAACUCAAUCUCUGAUAACGAAGACCUCAAAGUCAGAAAAAUCUGUGGAAAUGUACCGUUCUCAGACUUUGAGAGGUCCUUUCUCAAAAAAAAAGAAUAGGAAGUUCUGCGUGUUGAUCCUUCAGAUUUUAAAAAGAAGCGCCUCAAGAUCUUCAAUUUGCUUUUCCAUGUUUGUCGUGCGCUUCUUCUCACCGAGAUGUUUUUCUGAUAAAAAAAAGAAACUAUAUUAAAAAUUGUUUAAUUACAGUAAAUAAGCUUCAUCGUGGGGAUAAAAAAAGCAAAAAAAUCUCCAUUAUACUUAAAAUAAACAUUAAUUUUUUUGAAAAAGACUUCACAAAAAAAGUUUUUUUAUAUCUGGAGUGUACGGAAGUUUUAAGAAAAUCGGAAAUAAUCUUCUUUUUCCUUUUUUUUUUGGAGCUUUGUUUUCUUUUCUCAUCUACUCGAGCAAAUCCGAUUUCAGUGCGACAGACGGAGUUCCAGUCGAGAUUCCCGACGAGAAUCGUCCAAUUCUUUUGUGAGAAGAAGCCGCGCUUCUUCAGCUUUCGGCGAAAAUGGUGACCUCGCCCUUGAUGGCAGUAUUAAUCGGGUUCGUUUCUCUCUGAUCAAGGCUUUUUUAGAAAAAAAAAGCGAAAUUGUAGACUUUUCUAUUGCAAAAACUGAGUAGUUUGAUCCCGAUUUUCACGACAAAAAAUCGCUCUUUGAGUCGCAUUUCUCACCAAUCAAUCAUGCAAGCUUCACUUCUCUCAAAAAUUACAAUAACUUAGGAAAAAAGUGCAAAAAAGUUCUAGAGGGCUUUUCAAGUUUUUGAACUUUAUUGUCAAAGAAAAAUAUUUUUUAAAUUAGUGACCAAAGUAAAAAAUGCAAAACAAGGCAAACCUCUUCAAGUCGGGUGCAAGUUUAAAGAAUUAUUUAUUUUUCAAAAAUCUUCAGCGCUCGUCCGAAUGAGAAGUUUCAGAAUCAGAAUCGAAAAAUUUUUUCUCUAAUAAUGCUCUGUACGUAUCCGAAUGGCAUAUUAGAUUCUAGACUUCGAAGCAGAAUUCUAAUUAAUUAUCUGAAAUUCCCACAUAUCGAAACAGUCUCUCGCUAUUGUUCCAAUAAUAAUGAACGAUAUUGGAAUAAUUUUGAUAUAUUUAUCACAGUAAUCAUUAUUAUUUCAACAUACAGAAGGUGCGAAAGUUGAAGAGUAUGGAGAAUAUUUUUCGGAUAUUCCGUCCAUCCAAGGUCAGUGGGUUGUGUAAUGUGUGACGAUUGAGCCUUUAUGACAAAAAAAAAGCUUCUUUGUAUUAAUUAUUGUCCGCGAUUCUUGAAGCUGUUGCAUUUUUAAAUGUCCAUGAUGUCGUUAAAGUUUGAAGUUAUUCUUUGUUAAUAUUUUUUUUCGCAGCAAUCUCCUCAAUUUUUUGACAAUUUUAAAGCAAUUUUGAUACGUGUUGAGCUAGGAAAAUGCUACUGAACUAUUUGAUUUUUUUUAGGCGCGGAAAACUCAAAGUGUGAGAAAUGCAGAGCCAGGCCUUCGUUCUAUGCUUUAUGGGCUCGAUCAGAAGCUGUAAGUUUCUUUUUUUCAAUUAAUAACAGAAGCGACCCUGGGGUCCACAAAAGUUAUGACAAAGAUUUUUGUUUUCUCAGUUUCGCAAAAAAAAAAAACAGUUUAAAAAUAGACUUGAAGAAAAAAAAACCAGGAAAAAGAUUCAAAGUGUUUUUAAAAUAAGCUGGGGAAAAUUUCUCUCAUCUCAAUUUUUUAUUGAUGUUUUUUCGAAAAAUAUGAAUUCUAAAGAUCCGCGAUGUCUUGAAUAUUUUCCCAGACUUAAAGAUCAAAGUCAAUCAUCACUACAAUGCUCAAAAACCGAUAACAGGAGCCAAACAGAAAAGUGAAGAGAUAUACCGUUUCACGGCGUGUCGCCAUUGGACAAACAUCAUGUUAGCUUCUCAUCGCGUUUUUUUCUUUCCAGGGAGAAGGAAGAGGCGGAAGCCAAGAAGCUUCAGAAGAAGAUGCUCUGUGAGUUUGAGCGUUUUUUAUUGUCUUUGAGCUUACAAAAAUGAGUGCACCCGUGUUCAUUCGCGUUGAUACGCGACUCACACACAAACGCUUCCGACUCGUGUUUUUUGUUGGUCUACGGACAACUAUUUUCUCAUCAAAGCUACUAUUCUGUAAAUAUAUAAUUUGCUAGAACUGCUAUUCCUGUCAUUAGUCUAACUUCACAAAAAUUAUUCCCUUCCGAACUUGACGAAUAUUCGAAACAUGUCAACGGAGACGACCGAAAGAAUCCUGGAUCCUCUGGAGGAACAAAACAAAAAGAAAAAGAAGUCGUCUUUCCUUCUGAAGGCGCAUCUGACAGUUCUGAACGGCGUGAGGUCCUGGUUCAAACGACAUGUCAACGAAAUGUGGGCCUCCAAGUCCACAACUCAGAUUAUCCAGACUAUCGAUCAUUGUUCGUUUCUUUCUUUUUUGGUAGGAUGAUGGUGACUCUUUUCUGGUGGAUGUUAUAA